UUUUCAAAUAUUUAUUUAUUUAUUAUUCAUUGCAUAAAAAAACAAUGAAUUUGAUCACGUGUCAUUCGUCCGUUCAAUUCGCUGGUAAAGUGUAGAUAGGAUACAGCUGCGGAUACGCAAAUCAACAAAGCAUCAAUUUUGUACCACUGUAUAACAAUAAUUAAUAUUUUACAGUACUGUGAUGAUUAGGUUUAGGGAUGGGGUGGGGGUAGACGUUAAUAAAAUACAAUAAAUGGGAAAUGUAAUCAAUAAUUAUCGCUUGAUACUGUUUGCGGCCGCAACAGUAUCUGAUCCAGCAAUAACCGUCGACGCUUAGCCUUAUUAUUGUGACGUCAGGAAGCUAAUUCGGAAUUUUAAACCGUUGUAUUUAUUUCUGUAACGCCAAACAAGGCGAUUCUAGACGACAGAAACUGCUUAUAUAGAUUUAAAAAGCGUUUUAUAAGCAGCGAAAAUGAAGUCAAGAAUAUCUAAUCUGCCAUUUCUGCAUAAAACCGACAGCAUUUAUGAAUCCACAACCAAGAGCAACUUCAGACUCGCCGAAAUCACCGCCAACCGUGUCAUUCAGCCCAAGCUAACCCACUUCACACAGCAGAAAACCAACAUUAAAAUGUACGAUGACAGGUGUGCGGAAUUUGAGACCUCCAGUUCUGCCUUCAAGCAUCUGCCGGUGACCACAGCUAAGCUUGUUCGACCCACAACUUCAGUCAAGACAAGCUGGCCUGAAGGAACAUUUCCUCAACCCAUUUACAAGUCUUCAUACACCAAACAUGAAAUAUCGCCAUGUUUAUCCUCAGUUCUUAGAGUGAAGGAGUUGGCCAACACGGGUCUCGGCUCAAGUCUAAGACAGGAGAAAAACGACCAGUUUGACUCUACUUGUCAUGAGGAUUUCCAAUUUCCUCCUCCUCUCGAGUCCACAGAGAAGCAGCGUGUUCAGCAUUCAUCCAUACCAAUGGGAGACCAAGAAAAGAUACUGGACAGACAAACCAUGUAUUCCACCUCAUUCAGACAAUCAGCUGCCCUCAGCCCUGCUAAGGUCAAGGAAUGUUUGCUUCCUGACAUAAAGAAAUAUCGGCCUUUCAACCUUCGGGAACUCUGUGAUGAUGAGUGGAUAACAACAACAACUGAGGAAUAUUGUGCACACAAAUGUGGUCCUGUUCAGCUGGUGAAUAUAAACCGAAAUCUCAGCUUUGUUUUCAAGAGAGAAAAGCCUGAGGAGAAAUUGUCAACAACAAACCAGCUUUUCUUCCCAGAGAUAAACCGCACUCAGCUCCCAGUGUAUGUGGAUGGAUCCAGCAUCAGGAAUUUGAGCUGUGUUCAAUUUGGGAGGCCUGAUCUGGCAAAAGAAUUCUUCGGCACAACAUCGCAGGAGCAGUAUCUUGCUAAAGAAGUGAUCCGUCCCAAGCCACCCAUCUACCCGCCGAGUUAUGUGCUGUAUGAGCAAGAGCCCGAUCGGAUGCUGACAACUGUGCAGAAAGAUUUUGUGACCCUGAUUGCCAGAAGACAGGGACUGAGCCCAAGUCAACUUCACAAGGUUAAAGAGAGCCAUAUCAAGCCUGUGCAUGGCAAACAAGAUUUCAGGACAACCCACAAGGAAACGUUUAUGCUUAAACCCUACUGCAAGCCAUCUCAAAUCAACCCAAACCAACGGCACAUCAGCCAUAUUGCAUUUUGAGCUAAAAAGCAUCCAACAAAUGUGUCAGUGGCCACGAUUUAGCUACAUUAAAUCAAAUUUUGGGCACGAAUUGUUUGUGUUUGGCAGUCUUGUGUGUCAUUUCUUUAUUUUUUAUGAUUCAAUUUGUUUAUUUUCUUCAAUGAUUUAACAGUACAAUCUGUUUACAGAUUUUUACCUCCUUUUAACACCUCCUUUUCCCUCCCCUCCCCAACAGCGGCAGUGGCUGUCAUUAGAUGUUGCUAUCAUGAAUACAGUAAAUACAGAUAAAUA